AUGGCAGAUCAGCCCAAGGAGCAUCCUGAAGAAACUCAUUAUGAUGCCAAGUUUGACCGCUGUGAUGGUGUCGAGUUUGACGCUAUUACACCCGAUGAGAAAGGAAACAUAUUCUUUUUCAAAGGUGACCAUUUAUGGAAGGGUUUCUCCGGCCCUGCUCAGCUUGCGAAUGGUACAUUCCAGGAACUAGAUGAAUAUCAUCAUCUGGCUCACGUGGAUGCAGCCUUCCGCAUGCACAGUAAAGAUGAGGAUGAGCCACAAGCCCAUGACCACAUCUUCUUCUUUUUGGAUGACAUGGUGUUUAGCUACUACCAACAAACUCUGGAGAAAGGCUUCCCAGUGAAUAUCCAGCAGGUUUUCCCAGGAAUCCCCAGCCACCUGGAUGCAGCGGUGGAGUGCCCCAAAAGAGAGUGCACCACCAACUCUGUCUUGUUCUUCAAGGGAAGUGAUGUGUACAGCUUUGACAUCAAGACCAAGACAGUGAAAAAGAAGGAGUGGAAUCACCUGCCCAACUGCACGUCUGUGCUCCGCUGGGUUGAGCACUACUACUGUUUCCAUGGCAACAACUUCACCAGAUUCCAUCCAGUGUCCGGAGACGUAUCAGGAGCUUAUCCCAAGGACGCUAGGCACUACUUCAUGACGUGCCCAAACUUUGGCCAUGGGGAAGCACACAGAAAGCCACGCUGUAAACUUGAUGCCAUAACCACAGACAGAAUGGGGAAAUCAUAUGCAUUCACAGGGAGCAUGUACAUUAGACUGGACACACCCCGUGAUGGUAUUCACCACUUUCCCAUUACAAGAUCUUGGAAGGAGGUGUCAGGAGCUGUAGAUGCAGUUUUCUCUUAUGGUGACAAUAUGUACAUUAUCCAGGGAGGUCAAAUAUAUAUCUACAAGUCAGCAGCACAUUACACUCUUAUAGAGGGCUACCCUAAAUCUGUGACAGAGGAGCUGGGCAUACAGGGACCUGUGGACGCUGCAUUUGUAUGUGCAGAUCAACAUGUUGCUCACAUUAUUCAAGGUCAAAAGAUGAUCGAUAUCGAUCUGACCGCAACCCCAAGAGCUGUUAAGAGCGAGGCAUCACUCCCCAUUCAUAAAGUGGAUGCAGCCACAUGUGACAGCGAGGGUGUGAAGCUAUUUGUUGGCCCAGAGUAUUAUUUGUACCAGACUCCUAAAGUCCUGGCUGUGAGCAAGAUCAGUCCAGUAGCCCAGAAGUUCCCACCUAGAAUAUUUGGCUGUGAGGACUAA